AUAUACCCAUUGCCAUGGCAACGAUAAAUCAAGACAUGAACCAGGAGAAAGACAACACAAAAGCAAGGCUUCUGAAACAUGAGGAGCAGGGGGACGACACACCGUCAGAGACUCCAGCAGCUAGAGCAGCAGAAAAAGAAACCUUAAAAUAUAAAACAUUUGGAACGUCUUCUGUAGCCUUGACAUCGGGACAACCAGAAGAAACUUACCAAGAUUACUAUCCAGAUUACCUUCAAGAAAGUAGAAUUCUGCAAGAUCUUUCAAAAUCAGUUCCUCAUAAGAAGAAAGAGAAAUCAAAGGAAAAAAAGGAUCAAACUAGCGCUUGUCCAAAAGUUAAGAAAAGGCUUGUGUCCUAUGAUAGGACAGAACCAGAGGAUGCUGACGUGACAAGGCACAUUAUGAGGCUAAGAGACAAGUUGGGCUGGCAGACGACAUUACUGCAGCGCUGUGUGGAGCACAGAAGUCCCAGACUCGCAGCUCCGAAGGUGGUUCUAAAGGAACCUUUAAAAGAUGAUGGAGAAUUUGUAUAUUGCCUUUCUCGGAAAAAUCGAAAAGGUCUAUACAAUCCGUAUGACCUCCAGGUGGUCUCUGCCCACAGAGCCAGACACAGCAAAGAGUUCUGGGUAGUUACAGCAUCAUCUGUCUCCAAGGUUACUACAGUGGGUGGUGGAGACGAAGGAGAAUCUUUACCGACUUCGGAGUGGCUUUUAGAAAGGACGUGUUACCAUUUGUUACAGCAAUUCCGGGUAUUUUCCAAUUUUCGAAUUAAUAAAGCAUUUGUUACUUGGAAAUUGAAUGUUAGAAGAAUUAAGACUGAGAAGAGCAGGUCCUUCUUGUACCAUCAUCUUUUUUGGGCUGAUGAGUUAUUUCAAGGCUGUCUGCUUUAUAUAAAGGGACUUUGUGAAGAUGCACUUGACUACAAAAAGGGUAAAAAACAUGAAGAUAAUCCAUCUGCCAUCUGCCUUAUAAAGCUGGAUAGUUCUCGAACAUAUUCUCUAGACGGGUUUUGUGAAGAACAGUCCCAGCAGGCUACCCGGGCAGUGAGGCAGCUCAAGGAUAUCAGAGAGAAGGCUAUUUGCAAAAUGAAAAGUACAUUUUUAAAGGUGGCAGAAAAUAAAGAAAUUAAAGAAUAUUUUGAGUCAAACCUCUCUGAAGAUGACACAACACACUUCAAGCUGCCUGAAUAUCGACGUUUAUUAGAAACAAUUUUGAGGUUUCUGAAGCUGGUUGACUAUGUAUUUCAGGAACUCGUCCGUCAGCUGAUGAACACAGCAGUCACACUACUUUUGGAAUUAUUUAAUAAUUCUGCUAGAAUGCCAUUUACAAGGGAAAAAAAGAAUGAAAAUCUCAUCAAAACAUACAGGAAUAUAUUUGCUUUCACCAGAAAAAUAGCAGAUGAUGGUGAAGAAUUUGUUGGUAAUUCAAACUUACAUGCCACUUCUGUUUUGAAGUCAGAAGUGAAAAUGGAAGCAGAUAUUAAUGAGAUUUUGAGUUAUAUCAAAGCCGAGAAGGAUUUGAAAAAAGUAUAUGCACCAAUAUUUGAAGUGACUCUACACUUGAGCACUCCAGGAGAGAGUGACUCUUCAGAAACGUCCACAGAGAACUCUCCUGAGUCUGACAAGAGCUCUGAAGUACCUGGGGUGUGUGAAGACGAGGCGUCCGAAACUGAAGUCAGCUGUGUUGUAAAACCGUCGAGUGAAGAAAUACGAGUAAGAAAGAAUCCAGAAAAGGUUUGUUACAACCUUGAAGAAAUUCUUUCAGACCUAGAAAUCACGACGGAGUUCGAGAAUAAAUACACGUAUGAUGAAUUUUCAGAAUUUGCUACAUAUUUCUUCAUAACUCCCAACAGAUUAGAUUUUUCAAUAAAAAUUCAAAAAAUGGUGACUGACCUUGAGAAAUGUAUAACCGAGAUUAUUCCUCUUUGCCAAGAUCCUCGCCUGUCUGUCUUUACUGAAUCGGUCCUAAUUGUGAAUUUACCUAAUAAGACUGAAAGUGGAAUUGCCUCUAAGAAGACAACCAGGUGGCCAGGUUGUCAGAUCCUUUUUGAAAUGGAUCCUACCUACCAAGACCAAAUUGCCAGUCUUCUGACCGUUAUUGGUAACUCCAUGGGCCUGGUUAAUGCUUACAGCUGCCAGUUUAUAAAAUACUGCACCAUGGUACAGAGGGCCAGAGUCAUGGGCGUGACGAUGUCAUCUGUGAAGGAAUUAACUUCAGCACAGUUUAAAGCUAUACUAGCUAAAUUCAGAAACUACCUGAAACACAUUGUUAAUAUGGUCAUUGAGAAACGCAUUGGUAUUUUCAGAGUUACAAGUCUUGAUUACCAGUCAGAAUGCCUACCGUAUGUUGAGAAUAUCAUACAUCUGAGCCACGACCUCCUGCUAUCUGUAAUUGAAAACAAGAGCACAAAUCUAUUAGAAGUUGUAGAGACCUCACUGAGGAAGAUGGAGUGUGAUCCCACUGAAAUUGAAGAAUUUGUGGAGCAUUUUACGUUUUUGGAGUGGCUCUCCUCGAAGUUGUCUGUGUUGGAGGAAGAAUACUCCACGAUUGCGCAGCUGCAUUCCGUCGUAAAUUAUUACCAGGUCCACAUUUCAGGGGAGCAAACGGCCAUAUACCAAAUUCUUCUCAUGAAGUUUGGUCAACUGAAAACUUCCAUGAAGUUACGGGAGAUGAAUAAAGAUGUCGCUAUUGCUAAAUUCAGAGACAGUCUGGAAGCGCACAUCACUGGGCUGCGAGUUGAUGUCAGUAACUUGAAGGCCAAGAUCAGAACUCCCAUUCUGCUGUGUGCCAGGACGUUCACGGCCACCGCUCUGGACAUGAUGAGCACACUCGUGGAGGAGGCGGCGGGACUGGCACACAAAGCGAGCACCUACGCCAGCUUCCAGCACGGCUUUGACAAUACUGAGUCCCACACGCACUCCCUGAACCUGGAGGGUAUCACGCAGAUCGUGCGGGCGGAGAUCGCGGACAUCGAGUGCGACCUGACCUUGCGGAAGAUGCUGUGGGACACGCAGAAGGAGUGGGGUGCGCUCUUCACGAAGUGGAGAAAUAGACCUCUCCAGAGGGUCAAUGUAGAAUCCACUCAGAGAUACGUUUCAAAAUGGAUGCAUAUAAUCUCCAUGCUAGAGAAAGGUUUACCUAAAAACGACGUGGUGACCCAUCUUAAGCAAUCAGUGACAGAACUUAAACAAGUGCUGCCUACCAUCGUAGCUCUGAGAAACCCCUAUCUCAAGCCAAGGCACUGGGAGGCUGUCCAGGAGAUUAUUGGAAAGUCGGUGUCUCUUGAUAAGAACUGUACGGUAAAGAAUCUUCUAGCACUCAAGAUGUUUCAGUAUGAAAACGAAAUAAACGAAAUCUCAGCCUCCGCCACUAAGGAGGCUGCUCUUGAGAAAAUGCUGUUUAAGAUUAUUGAUCUGUGGAACACGACCCCACUGCACUUGGUCAUCCAUCAGUCCGAGAUGUACUCUGUCCUGAUCCUUUCGUCCACAGACAACAUACUUGCUCAGCUAGAAGAGUCUCAGAUCACACUGGCAACAGUUAAAGGGUCUUCCUCUCUCGGGCCCUUUAAGGAUCUUGUGGAAAAGUGGGAUCAGAAAUUGACUCUCUUCUCGUAUACUCUUGAGGAAUGGAUGAAUUGUCAAAGAAAUUGGCUUUAUCUGGAACCAAUCUUUCAUUCUGUAGAAAUACAAAGGCAGCUCCCUGCAGAAGCAAAACUCUUCUCUCAAGUGAUCUCCAUGUGGGGAGAAAUCAUGUCAAAACUACAGAACAAGCUGGAGGCUGUGCGGAUAACCACCUCCACAGGGGCCCUUGAAACUCUGCAGGACUGCAAUCGGCAUCUGGAAUAUAUAAUGAAGAGUCUUGAGGACUACCUUGAAAUUAAAAGAAUGCUUUUCCCCAGAUUUUACUUUCUCAGCAACACUGAACUUCUCAACAUCAUAGCGAACAGCAGAAACCCGGAGUCUGUUCAGCCUCAUCUUGUGAAAUGUUUUGAAAAUAUAAAGCAGUUACUGCUGUGGACACCAGAAAUCGGCCCCCCCGCUGUCAUAAUGCUCGUAUCCGCUGAAGGAGAGUGUCUUCUGCUGCCCAGGAAAAUUCGAGUGAGGAGUGCCGUGGAGCAGUGGCUGGUAAAUGUUGAGAAGAGCAUGUUUGAUGUGCUGAAAAAAUUUGUAAGUCAAGGGGUUGAAGACUGGAGCUCCCAGCCUUUUUCCGUGUGGGUGGUGUCUCAUCCGGGACAAGUGGUCCUCACCGUGAGCCAGAUCAUGUUCUCUAGCGAUUGCGUCAGAAGUUUUGCGAGUUCCCGUUCGCGAGAAGCGCUGGAGAAAGUCCGUGCCGGUCUGAUGAGUCACCUGGAGGACAUUUCGGAGCUGGUGGCGCUGGAUACGGGGAGUGCGCGCACAAAAGCCGUCCUGGGGGCGCUGCUCACGCUGUACGUCCACUGCAGGGACACAGUGAGGGACCUGCUGCUGAAAGGAGUCUUCAGCGCCGACGACUUUGAGUGGACCAGGCAUUUGCAGUAUCAGUGGAACGAAAAACAAAAGUUGUGCUGCGUGUCUCAAGGCGAUGCCAGCUUCACGUACGGCUAUGAGUACUUGGGCUGUGCCCCCAGGCUGGUCCUCACACCCCUCACCAGCAGGUGUUGGCUCACGCUCACGGCGGCUCUGCUCCUGAAUCUCGGAGGCUGCCCUGCUGGGCCCACCGGCACGGGCAAAACCGCGAGUGUCAAAGAUCUAGCAAAAGCCUUAGGCAAACAUUGUGUGGUGUUCAACUGUUUUGAGGAUUUGGAUUAUAAGAUCAUGGGGAAACUCUUCCUCGGACUGGUUCAGUCGGGAGCAUGGUGCUGUUUGGACGAGUUCAGUAGGAUUGAUGUGCGAGUCCUCUCUGUGAUUGCGUCGCAGAUCCUAACAAUUAAGGCCGCAAAAGACAGCUAUUUGGUCAGGCUUGUACUGGAAGGAAAAGAAAUUCGUAUCAAUAUGUCUUGUGCAAUAUUUGUCACCAUGAAUCCUGAGUACAAAGGGCAAGCAGAACUCCCAGAUAACUUAAAAUCUCUGUUUCGCCCAGUGGCAAUGAUGGCUCCACAUUAUCAAAUGAUUGCUGAAGUAAUGCUGUUUUCAGUCGGCUUCAAAUCUGCAAAAUCCCUCUCUGGAAAGCUGAUUAAUGUUUACGAAUUAGCUAGGAAACAGCUCUCACAACAGGUUUAUUAUGAUUUUGGCUUGAAGUCUCUGAAGACCAUUUUAAUACUGGCUGGAAAGAAGAAAUGGGAGUUAAAAUGUAACGCUAAUGGCAAUCUUUCUGAAACGGAUGAAAGUCUGAUCCUUAUUGAAGCUAUUAGAGAAGCUCGUUUACCAAAAUUUCUCCCGCAAGAUGUCCCACUUUUUGAAAAGAUUAUAGCAGACAUUUUUCCUGGAGCAACAGUUUUGACUGUAAAUCAGGCUGCCUUGGAGAAAGUAAUAUCUACCGCAGCACAACAGUUGGGCUUAUACCAGUGGCCAGCUCAGAACAAAAAUGUCAUACAGUUUUAUAAUCAACUUCAGAUUUGUGUUGGUGUGAUGUUAGUAGGCCCAACAGGUGGGGGAAAGACAACAGUCAGAAGAAUUUUAGAAAGAGCAUUAACACUACUACCAGUUGAAGACGUCCUGUUAACUGAAGAAAGGGAGUCUAUUUCACAGAUUCCAGGAAGAAAAGGAAAAGUAGAUAUUUGUGUUUUAAAUCCAAAGUGUAUCACUGUUAGUGAACUAUAUGGACAGCUGGACCCUAACACCAUGGCAUGGACAGAUGGAUUAUUGUCAACAGCAGUUCGAAAUUAUGCAUAUGCUAAUACUGCAAGGAACUCCAAUAAGGACAGUGGUCUUGGACUGAAGUCAAGAAUCUCAGAUGCAGCGAAUGUUUUCCAACUUGAUUCCUCUGAUAUAGCAGAUAUGGAUGAUAAUAUUUUGAAGAAGAUGAAGAAAGAUGAUAAAAUCCCAGAAAGUCAGAACUAUGAUUGGCAGUGGAUUGUUUUGGAUGGCCCAGUGGAUACGUUUUGGGUAGAAAAUCUAAACACCAUGCUGGAUGAUACUAGAAUGUUGUGUCUGGCAAACAGUGAGCGAAUAGCCUUAACUGACAAAAUACGAGUGGUCUUUGAGACAGACAGUCUCUCUCAGGCCAGUCCUGCAACUGUCAGCCGGUGUGGAAUGGUCUACAUGGAUCCUGUGGAUCUGGGAUGGGAGCCCUAUAUUAAAUCAUGGCUUCUGAAAACUUCUAAACUAAUAAGUCAAACAGGAGUGAGCUAUCUUGAAUUCUUGAUUAAAAAUAGCAUCACAGAUGGACUACAGUUUAUAAAGAAGCAUCAGAAAUGUCAGCCGUUUCCCGUACAGGACAUAGCAAUUGUUACAACUCUUUGUAGAAUUCUUGAUGCAUUCUUUGAAUUCAUGAGUGAAAAUGGAGGCUUUGGAAAACGUGAUGAUCUGAAGGACAUUCCAACAAGGGAGAAAAAUUCUCCACAUUCAAAGGUUUCUGCCAAAUUCAAGAACACAGAAGAAAGAGCUGAAAAUACAUGGUAUCUGGAAAGGAAUCCUGAUAAAUUGAAAGUCAUAAUUCAGAAGCUCUUUGUGUUUGCAUUUACUUGGGCGUUUGGAGGAGUCUUACAACAGGACCAUUACCAUGAAGAUGACAUGGUGCCGUAUUCGAGCUGUGAGCCUGGCUCACCUGCCAGGGUCACCUAUGGCUUUGACAACCUCGUCCAUGAGCUGUUUGAAAAUAACCCACGAAUAGGCAUCAACCUUCCAACUGGCAACCGUUCUGUCUUUGGGUAUUUUGUGGAUUUACAGCAAUGCGAAUUCAUACCAUGGUCAGAAUUACUGCCUAGUAUUCAGGCACUCAAUCAAAAAGGAACUUCAGUGCUCGCUGACCCACAGGUGUCCAGUGAGAACCUCCUGAAGGUCACAGAGUAUGGCGAGAACAUCACCCAUAUUGCCACCAGCAACACAGUGUCCUUUACUUUCCUCAUAAGCCUUCUUUUAAGGAAUUUCUGCCCUGUACUUCUCACAGGAGACUCUGGUGUUGGGAAAACCACUACCAUUAAUCAAAUGCUUGAAAAGUUGGAGGGCCCUGGAGCGUUUGAUGUGAAAUAUGGGUCAAUUUUAGGAGAAGUCCUGUUGUAUAACGAAAUUAAAAAAUCAAGCCUGAAGCAGAAUAUCAGCAUCUUGCUCUCUGAAGCUCAAAAGGCAGCAUCUGGAAGUCUAGAUGGGAAGACUAUUAAAAAGCCAGAAGUCAAAGCUGAUGAAAGUUCAUCGAAAAAUAAUAAUAAAGGAAUUAUCACCUCAACAAUAAAUUUCAGCAUCAAUAUGAGCGCCGCCAAAGCUAAGGAGAUGAUCCUUAAGAAGUUAGUCAGAAGGACGAAAGACAGUCUUGGGGCACCAAAGAGCAACCGGAUUGUAAUUUUCAUUGAUGACCUGAACAUGCCCGAAUCAGACAUGUACGGGGUCCAGCCCCCCCUGGAGUUCAUCAGACAGCUGCUGGAUUUGGGAGGACUUUACGACACCAAGACGCUCACAUGGAAGAGCAUUCAAGAUCUUUCUCUGGUCGCGGCUUGUGGCCCUCCGGCAGCGAGGAGGCACAUCAGCCCACGUCUCCUCAAACACUUUUCCAUCCUGGUGCUGCCGCAGCCUCCACAGAGCGCCUUAUGUACCAUUUUCCAGGCCCAUUUGGGAAUGUAUUUCUCCAUCAACAACUUCCCCAUCCACAUCCAGAGAUAUCAGGAUCAAAUGACAUCCUGCUCACUGGCCCUGUAUCACCACGUAUGCCGGAACAUGCUGCCGACUCCCGCCAAGUGCCACUACAUGUUUAACCUUCGAGACGUGUUUAAGCUUCUCCUAGGCUUACUGCAGGCUGAGAAGGCCAUCAUCAACUCUAAAGAGAUGGUGGCCCUGUUCCUUGCUCACGAGGCCACUCGAGUGUUCCAUGAUCGCUUGAUCGAUGAUCCUGAGAAGGGGCUUUUCUAUCAGAUUCUUUCAAAGGAACUUGAGAAUUAUUUUCAGGUUAAUUGGACCAAAGAGAAACUGAUGAACGACUCAACUGUAUUUGUGGAUUUCUUGGAUAUAAACAAGCCUCACAGGAAGAAGAUGUAUCAGAGCACCAAUGACUAUAACAAACUCACCAGUGUGCUGAGUGAGUUCCAGAUGAGGUUAAGUUCAACAUCUUCGGAGACUUUUCAUCCCCUGGUGUUCUUCAAGGAAGCCAUCCAACACAUUGCAAGAGCGGCCAGGAUCCUCCGGCAGCCGGGGAGUCACAUGUUACUGAUUGGAGUAGACGGAUGUGGGAAGGAGACAUGUGCAUCCCUGGCGUGUCACCUGACGGAGUGCACACUGUGCCUGGUGCCUCCGCCUCGCACUCACACCCACACGGAGUUCAAGGAAGCCCUCAAAAGGGCGUUUCUUCAAGCAGGAUUAGAAGGGAGCCCCACCGCUUUGAUGGUGGCUAACGUAAACCUAAAGCAGGAGUCAUUUCUGGAAGAUUUGAACAGCGUUCUGAACUCACAGAAAAUCCUGGACUGGUUUGAGGAUGAGGAGCUGGGCUCCAUCGCGCUGAAGGUCCGCUCCAUCACUGAGAAGUCUGGGCCCGUUGACGAGAGGCAGUCUUUACUUGCCCUCUUCUGGAAGAGAAUACAUAAAAAUCUUCAUGUCUUCAUGACUGUGAGUCCCUCAGGACCUGACUUCCGUCAGCAUUGCCAAAAGCACCCUUCCAUGGUCACCGCAUGCACGGUGGACUGGUACGAGAGGUGGCCAGAGGAAGCGCUCCUCACUGUGGCCGAUUCUGUCUUAAGAGAGAAGGUGGAUUUGGAGAGCAGGGAGGACUUAAAGGAAAAACUCGCCCCAGCAUGUGUCCAAAUCCACAAAAGCAUAAAAGACUUGAGCACAACAUACUUUCAGAGAACCGGACGGCAUUAUUACGUCACUCCCAACAGCUACUUGAGAUUCAUGGAUACAUUUGCUCACAUACUGAGGUCGCGCCAGAGGGAAAUGCAAACAAAGAGGAGGCGUUUGCACAUGGGCCUCACCAAGAUCCUGGAAGCCACCUCCCUAGUUAGAGAAAUGCAGGAGGAGCUCCUGACCCUCGGCCCUCAGAUAGAGCAAAACUCAAAGGAUAAGGAAGCCCUAAUGAAAAGACUGCAGAAAGAUUCACAAGUAGUCGAGAAAGUUAAGAUGCUCAUUAAGCAAGAGGAGGAAAUUAUGGCCGAACACGUAAGAAUUGUGGAAGAGGAUGCUCAGAAAACCGCCAGAAAGAUAAGGACCGUGCUGCCCAAUCUGGACAAGGCCACCAUGGCCCUGAGUGCUUUGGAUAAAGCUGACGUGGCUGAGCUAAGGGUGUAUACGCGGCCUCCCUCCCUCGUGCUGAUGGUCAUGAACGCCGUGUGCAUCCUUCUGCAGAAGAGACCCACCUGGGCCUCAGCAAAGCUGCUGCUUUCGGAAACCGAGUUCCUGAAAAAACUGGUUAACCUGGACAAGGACAGCAUCCCCGACAAGGUUUUCACGAAGCUGAGAAAAAUUGCACUCUCCCCUGAUUUCAACCCAAACAAGGUCGCUCUCGUUUCUUUGGCCUGUUGCUCUCUAUGCCAGUGGAUCAUAGCACUGAGCAACUACCAUGAAGUGCAGAAGCUGGUGGGCCCAAGGCUGAUCCAAGUGGCCGAAGCUCAGAACGUCCUAAAAAUCGCACGGCAGAGGCUGGCCGAGAAACAAAGAGGUUUGCAGCUGGUCGAGGAACACGUGCUGGUUUUGCAGGGAGCCUACAAAGACCUCGUUGCUCAAAAACAACUACUGGCAAACAGGAGGACACUGGCCACCAAGCGCCUGCACUGUGCAUCUGUCUUACUCGCCACCCUGGAAGACGAAAAGACUCAAUGGCAAGAAACAGUCAAUCAAAUAGACAAGAAGUUGGAAGGAAUUUGGGGUGACAUUCUUCUUUCAGCUGCAUGCAUUGUCUACAGUGGAGCAUUAACAGCAGAAUUUCGCCAGUUGAUUGUCAACAAAUGGGAGACUCUCUGCACUGAAAACAACAUUCCUUUGUCUCCCAACUUCUCUCUAAUUGAAAUCAUGGCACAAAAACAUGAGAUCCGCCGGUGGCAUUCCCAGGGGCUCCCGCUCAGUCAGUAUGCAACAGAGAAUGCCAUCUUGACCACAAGCGGCCUGCAGUGGCCACUGCUCAUAGAUCCGCAGAAGCAGGCGCACAACUGGAUCCGGCAGAUGGAAGGGUCCAGGCUGCAGGAGCUCUCCAUUGAGGACGGCAGCUACCUCCAAACUCUAGAGAAUGCUGUGAAGACAGGAGGGAGUGUCCUCUUGCAGAAUCUCCCUGAACCAUUAGCUCCAAGUUUAAAGGCGAUUUUGAAAGUGGGUGUCCCUCCGAAAAGAGGACCGUGUUUCAUAAGGAUUGAGGACUCUGAGAUUGAAUACAGUUCCCAAUUUAGGCUGUUCAUUUCUACAGACGUAGAAAACCCCCACUUUCCUCCAUCGGUUUGUAACUUUGUGACUCUGGUCAGCUUCGCUGUGACACUCCCAGGUUUGCAGGAUCAGCUCCUAUCUACGGUGUUAUCACACGAAGUUCCUCACUUAGAGAACCGACAUCUCCAGGUACUGGAGAGCAUAUCCCUCGACGCUGUGGCUCUUGAAGAGCUGGAAGAAACAACGCUAAAUAUACUGCAGACCAUACAAGUGUAUAUAUUAGAUGAUGAGGAAAUUGUAGACGUCUUAAGAAAAUCCAAAAUGACUUCAAGCAAGAUUUCAGAGCACAUCAAAGAGACAGAAAAAGCAGAAAGUGAAAUCCGAGCGCUGCGGGAACGGUACAUGCCCAUUGCGACCCGGGGCGCCCUGCUCUACUUCCUGGUGGCCGGGCUCACCCGCCUCAGCCCCAUGUACCAGUUCUCCCUGGACUGGUUUCGCCAAGCAUUUGCCCAAUCAGUAGCUCCCCAAAGCAAAGAGCAACAACAGAGUCUGAAAAGGGAGAACACGCCUCAGGAAACCAUUUGUGACAGCAUAGCCGGCUCCCAAGAACCGAAGUUAGGAAACGACAAACAUCUCUUAGAGAGGCGUCUUCAACAGGCGAUAGAUGUGCUGACGAGAAAUGUUUUUAAGGUGGUGUCCUUGGCUCUGUUUCACCAGCACAAGCUGUGUUUCUCCUUCCGGCUUUGCACGGCGAUCAUGCAAAAUAAUGCUGGGGGCAGUCUCGUGCGCGAUGACCUUGGGUCCCUACCAGACGAAGAAUGGGACAUCUUCUUACAUUCUGACGUGCUGAAGAAUGCUAAAGGUGUGAUGUCCCGGCCUAGACUUGAUAACGCGUAUGAAACCGGCAGACAGCGGCACCUCUGGUGGCUGUCGGGGUCCGCGUGGGAGCAGUGUGUGCACGUCAGCCACAGGCUCCAGCCGUUCGCGCUGCUCUGUGAGUCCCUCCUGUCGAACGUGCCCCAGUGGAGCGCUUUCAGAACCAGUCAGGCUGCCUACUGCCUGAUGAGCAUGCCCUUCUCUCCAGAAAAGGCUCCACCGAAGGAAGCUGAACUUCUGAAUGAAGAUGAAGAAAUACAUCAUCCUGUGAAUUUCCCCUGGGAGAAACUCACUCCAUUUCAAAGGCUCAUUUUGAUAAAAAUUCUUCAGCCAGAGCAUUUAAAGAAUUCAGUGAGAAGGUUUGUAACUGAAAAAAUGGGAAAUGAAUAUAGUCUCCAAACUGGAAUUAAUUUGCGAGAGUCAUAUGAGGGAUCCAACGCCAGGACUCCGCUGCUCCUUAUCCACUCCCAUGGGACUGACCUCACCAACACGCUCCUGACGUUUGCGCAAGAGUUGAAAGGAAGAACGCAGCCCGUGACGGUGAUCUCGCUGGGCCACGGCCAGGCCACGAAGGCCCAGGAGGCCAUCCUGGCGGCACUGAGCAGCCCCGCGCACUGGGUGUUCCUCCAGAACUGCCAUCUCGCGGCAUCGUUCAUGCCCCAGCUCUGCUCCAUCAUAGAAUCAUUUCACAGCCCAGAUGUGACCGUAGACCAUGAGUUUAGGCUGUGGCUAAGCUCAAAGUCCGGAGGGUCUUUCUUGAUUCCUGUUCUUCAGAGGAGCUUAAAGAUUGCAGUGGAAAAUCCCCACGGACUGAAAAGUCAUUUACUUCAGACGCUCGGAUACAGCGGAAGUGGAGAGAUAACAGAAGAGACCUUUGAGAAGCCAGACUGUGGACCAUGGUGGAAAAAGCUUCUAUUCAGCUUAUGUUUUUUCAAUGCUCUAAUCAAUGAAAGAAAGAAUUACGGAAUCCUGGGCUGGAAUAGUGCUUACGAAUUUACCUCUUCAGACUUGGAGGCUGCUGUGAAGGUGCUGGAGAGCACCCUGCGCGCCCAGAGCAGCAUCUCGUGGCAGAAACUGCGCUACCUGGUUGGGGAAGUGACUUAUGGCGGCCGGGUGACGGACACCUGGGACAGGCGGUGUCUAAAUGCCCUUCUCUACAAAUUCUGUAACCCGGAAGUGCUGAAAGACGACUUCAGUUUCUCCAGCGAUGAGGUACAUUGGCCAGUGCCCAAACCCAUGAGCCUGAGGGACUACAUCCGCGUCGUCCAGGCCUUACCUGACGACGACACGCCUGGGCUCCUGGGGCUGCACCCCGCGGCCAUACGGGGCAGCAGGGAGGCCCAGGGCCAGCACUUCAUGGACAGUCUCCUCGCCCUGCAACCCGGGGCUGCCGCCCAUCUCGUGACCAGUCAAGAGCAGAAUAAUGACGAACUGGUGAUGGAAAUCCUGGCCGACCUCCUAAAGCGGCUGCCGGUGUCCGUGGAGAAGGAAGAAUGUGUGGACACUCCCAGAACUUUGAAGUGCAUCAUGUCCAGCCCCAUUUGGGAGUCUCUUUAUAAGAGCAUCCAAGGCUAUGACCCCCUUAUCCAUUGUGUCCUGCUAACCUUUCUGAGCCAGGAAAUUGAACGAUUUGAUAAGUUCUUACUUGUUGUGCACGAAUCUCUGAAAGGCCUUCAACUUGCGUUAAAAGGAAAAAUCCUCCUCACCCAAGAACUGGAGGAAAUAUAUGAGUCUGUCCUGAACACGAGAGUGCCCAUGCUGUGGCAGAAACACGCCUACAAGUCCUGUAAGCCCCUGAGUUCCUGGGUUAAUGAUCUCAUCCAGCGAGUGAAUUUCUUCAACACGUGGGCCAAAAUUGCUUACUCUGCAAUACAUCAUCGGUACGUGAGGCUUGUCACCACCUGGAAGCAGCCUGUCCCGCCAUCCACCCAGCUCCCCAGACGCUCCGACGAUAAAGCCAGUGAUUUCUUUGAAGGAUUUCCUGAGCGAUACUGGCUCCCAGCUUUCUUCUUUCCGCAAGCCUUUCUUACCACUGUGCUUCAAGACUACGGACGGUCCCAAGGAAUCCCUCUCGACGCCCUCACAUUUACCCACCGAGUGGUCUCGGACACCACGGACAUCAAGGACGAGUUCUCCACAGUCCACAGGACCCUCAACGCCGUCAGGAGAGCCUUUAAGGGAACGGACCACACUCACAUCGGAGUUCAUGUUUUUGGUUUAUUCAUCGAGGGGGCAAGGUGGAAUCAGGAACAAAACAUACUAGAUGACUCGCUGCCUCAUGAGCUCUGUCACCAUUUUCCUGACAUCUACUUCCUGCCAACAAAGCUUUCCACCGAACAAGCAAGGACUUCGGACCAGACCGACGCACAGCGCUGCACGUUUGAGUGCCCAGUGUAUCAGACACCUGAGAGGUCAAGAAUUUUAACCACCGGCCUGCCUGCAGACUUCCUGACCUCCGUGCACUUACCUACGAAGAGACCCCCAAGUCACUGGGUCACCAGGCGGGUUGCCUUGCUGUGCGAGAAAAAGGAGAAAUAAACCUGUGCACCAACCAC